CGAUAGAAGUGACCAGCGAGAGAGAGAAAAAAAAAUAUCCACACUUCAGGUAGAGACAAACUGGGUCAACGGAUGAUGAGAAUCGGAAGAAGUGGAAUUGAAUUGAGAAAGUAAUAGUCGCCAACCAUUAAAUCAACAGCCACUAUUCGUGCUGAAGUUACCAGUUCUUUUCGAGUGGAUACAAUCACUUUCACAACUUUCAAUGCUUGGAUAAACCCUGUCGCGUUUGGAUUAGAUUGAGGAUUAUUGAUGUGGAGCUCUUGAGUUUGUUUGGGUUUUUUUGAUUAAUGUCCAUGGGAUUUAUUCUUCAAUAGAUGCCAUGCUGUUAAAAUACGGUUCUUCAACAGUGAUUCUUUUUGUCACUUUACUAUCAACAGGAAGAGCUUUUUUAUUUCCCCUGUUGUUUCCAGUCUCUGUUAAAAUAACUAUUACAAGUCAUAAGCAUCAUCCUCCGCCACCAAGACAGAAGCCAAAUUACUUUUUUAAUCCAGUGCCAGUCUACAAAGAAGUUGUUGUUAAAGGAGGUGCGUAUAUUAACCCUAGUGGUAAAUUAAAGCACAGUUAUGGUGACGGUCACAAGUAUGGCACAAGCUAUGGUGAUGGUCACGUUAAAGCUUAUACUCAAGAGCACCUUGUUAAAAAUCACAAAUAUGCCAAUGGUUAUGGUUAUGGUCCUGGAGCACAAUAUGCUGCCCAUGAAUAUGAAGUACCAAUAGAACAUCACAAAGGUACUCCAUACACUGAAGAUCAUAAUUCCCAAAUUUUUUUCCCAGAUCAAGAUACUCACUAUAAAGGAACUCCUUACAAGGGAACGCAACACCCACAAACUCACCACAAAGGCACAGAAUACCAAAGUGUUCCACAAUACAAUCAAGAUUAUCAACAAAUAAACCAUGCACAUCACAAAGGAACCGAAUACCAAGAGGUUCCAGUGGAGCAUCACAAAGGAACAGAAUACCAAAGUGUUCCACAGUACAAUCAAGAUUAUCAAGAAAUAAACCAUGCACAUCAGAAAGGUACCGAAUACCAAGAAGUUCCAGUGGAACAUUAUAAAGGCACCGAGUACCAAGAUGCUCCCAAAACGCACUACAAAGGCACUGAAUACCAAAGUAUUCCUGGGAGUCACUACAAAGGAACAGAUUAUGCUAUUCCAUCUGGCCAUUACAAAGGAGAAAAGAAAAGGGUAUACAAUAAAAAUCACAGCUUCCUGAAAUCCAUUGGCGGCUACAAGCUUUCAGAUUAUUUAAAAACCAAACCAUCGCCAGAUAACUACGAUAAGGGCGUCAAAUAUGUUUCGCAUGUAGCUGUACCGGCAAAAAUAGAGCCAGGUCAUACUUAUGCUGAAAUUGAAGCAGCACAUAAAGUUUACCAUUCGCCACCAAAAGCUUAUGAUUCCAAGGAAUAUACAGAUCUCGGAGCUCAUAAAUAUGUACAUCAAGAACAAUACCCUGCAGAUGAUGCUUAUUUGGAUGAUUCCUUACCUGCUUAUAAAUACAAACCAAGUUUGUAUUUUGACAGAAAAGGAGUACCGGCUCCUGCACCUUCCAAUCCUUUAACGUACGCAGGGUUUGGCACAUCAGUGUACGGCGACAGUUACGCCAAAAUGGUAUACGAUCCAGCAAAAUGGAAAAAACCUUUAAGGCAACGAAAGUAUUUGUAGAGAAUACGAAAUUCAGUUAGAUUAAUAUAAUUUUUUUCUCAAUUUAACUAUUUCAUUUUAUCUGGAAAGCGAAUUUGAAACAAAAAUGGAUCUUGCUUAUUGCUGCAAAAAUUCAUAGAGGAAAUAUCUCCGGACACGUACUAAAAUAAUCGUUGCUCCACGAUAAUUUAAAAUAUGUAAAAUUCCUGGUGUUAAUAUGUUUAGAAUAUUUUAGAGAAACCAAAUAUAUAUUUUUUGAAGAGGUUUAUAUAUAAAUCAAAUAUCAAAAUCUAUUAUUUUUCGGAGAAAAAAAGGCAAAGAAACCGUAUAAUGUAUAUUACAAAAACGGCAAUGAGAAUCAAAUUAAAAAAAGGGCAAUGAAAAUCAAAUAAAACACAAAAUUGAAGCAAUGUAAUAGAAUGAAAGCAAUACAGAAAAAUAGAAAUAAAUAAAAGGAAAAAAAUCGAUGCAACGAUGAGAAAUCAAUGGUAGAAAAAGAAAUCAUUGCAGUAAAAGAAAGCAAUGCACGAAAAGAAAGCAAUGCACAAAAGAAAGCAAUGCACUAAAGAAAGAAAUGCACACAAAAAUGCAAUGCACAAAAGAAUGCAAAGAGAAAGCAAUGCAAAAGUAUCAAUAAAAAAUCAAUCGAAAAAGAAAGCGAAAUAACGAUUUCAAAAAAAGAAGAGAAAUAGCGAUUUCAAAAAAGAUAGCAACGUUACCUAAUUAGAGACAGGAAAUUAAAAGAGAUAACAGAAAAAACAA